CUGGGCACGCUGACCCAGAUCUAUCAACCCUCCAAGACGACCCCAGCCGAGAUAACCUACGUGGAUCUUCCGGCGGCACCAGAAGGACUGGGAAAGACCAGGGGUGUUUCUGGCGAAUACCUGAACCAGCUUCAGAACGCCGACGCGCUGGCGAUAGUGGCCCGCAGCUUCGAGGAUCCAUCCGUUCCUGACGGGGGUGACGGCGUCGAUGCGUUCCGCGACAUAGAGACCAUGCUCUACGAGCUGACGUUCGCCGAUCUGGAAAUCCUGGACCGCCGCAUCGAGCGGAUUGAGCAGAACAGCAAGGGUUCGCGUUCAGGAGACCGAGAGGCGAUGAAUCGCGAGCGGGCGGUGAUGUCUACGCUCAAAGAAGGGCUUGAAUCCGGCGUUCCAAUUGGAAAACAGAAGCUGAACUCGGACGAACAGAGAAAAGUGAACGAGUUCCAGUUCCUCACUGCCAAGCCGGUGAUCGUGGUAGUAAACGCCGGAGAGGAGCAAUCAGACGAGAUCGAUGAGAUCCAGUCUCGGCUCGACUCGGAGGUCGCCGAGAGUGAUGUGCUGACCGCGGUAUUGGUUGGGAGCCUCGAGAUGGAGCUUGGUCAAAUGUCGGCUGAAGACGAGGCCGAGUUCCGCGAGUCGCUGGCGGUAGGUGAGUCGGGUCUGGACAGGAUGGUGCGGCUCUCCUACCAGGCGCUCGACCAGAUCACGUUCUUCACGGGGGGGCCGAAAGAGGUCAGGGCGUGGACCAUUACGAACGGAGAUCCAGCCGAUCGCGCGGCGGGUUCGAUCCACUCCGACAUGGAGCGAGGGUUCAUAAGAGCUGAGGUCGUCGCCUACGAUGAUCUCGUACGCCAUGGCAGCGAGGCUGAGUCGCGCAGACAUGGAGUGCUCAGACAGGAGGGCAAGGGAUACGUGGUCAACGACGGCGACGUGGUACACGUUUUGUUCAACGUUUAG